AUGACUGCGGUCUCUACACCUUGUGUAUGUAACUACUGACUGUUCCGUAUAACAUUGAAAUACAAUUGCCGUUUCUUUAGUUUCGUGAGCUUAAUCACAUCUGUAGCCAGGGACUUACGCGGGCAAAACAUAAACAACGUCACGACCCAGGCAUUACAGCGAGAUAAAGUUAGUUCGAAAGACUUGGACGUUAUCGCUGUCACAGUAAGACAAGGCCCGGCCAUAUCAAUGUUCGUCGGUACAAACUAUGAAAAAGGAUUAUGUAAACAAUCAUUUAAGCCAUCGGUUCCUAUUCGUCAUAUGAAAACACAUACAUUGACUUCAAGGCUAGUAGAUCAAAAUUUACAAAUACAUAUUUCUGGUGGUCAUUGUUUGUUAGCUGUUGUAAACAUAGUUAACGAGUUUCAACUGCCAUUACAAACUUCAAUUAAUGAUCCAUAA